ACAAGUGCGACUGCGCGCUAGCGAGUACUGUUGGAUUGCUUCCUGUGCUCCUGUCGCAGUUCGGGAUUUGCGGUGCGCCUGCACGUUGCCGGAAGGGAGGAGGGCGGUGUUCGGCCCUGUGUUUUGAACGUUUCGAUGCGGAUAGCUCACUAUUUGGCAGGAAGGUGAGGAGGCUUCUAUCCUGGCGGUGGAGCUCGUGUACGGAGAGGAGGAUUCAAAUGUGGCAGAGGCAAACAGGAGGCAGCAGUGGUGACGGCGGAGGGGGACAAACGAGACAAGGGGAGCGGCUGUCCUUACUACUGCUGCAAAGAAUCUGAGUGGCGUAGUGAGACAGGAAAACUGUUGCGGCUACAGCGCUAACGCUUCUAGGCUGUCCUCCUGGCAAUCCCAGGCGCCCAUCCACACCCAGCAGACUCAAAACGCUGCUGCAGUUGCAGGCUUGUAAAUACUGGACCAACACACACAACAUGGCUGACGCUCGCCUCGCUCCUUCACCAGACUCUCCUCUUUCUCCCUCUGCCUCUGCCGCUUAGCUGCCUCUCUUGCAUUUAUGCUUUUGUUUCUUCCCCUUCAUCUUCUAUUAGAAAAAAAAAAAAUCACCCUCCUUACUGCGCAUGGCGGGAUUUCAAGGUGUGAUACUGAAUUCCAAGACAGAAUGUUUCUGACCUCUCCUAACACAAGAGUGAUAUAACUGAAAGUGCUUCUCCUAUAUUUGAGGAAGAACAAAUUGAUGAUUGGAUGGUGGAUUAAUAAAUAGCUGUUGUAUUACGAAAGUAAGAAGAUAUUUUGGGAGUUGGGGAGAGACAGAUUUUCACCCUAGUCUAGCAGCUUUGCUGCUCACUUAAACACAGAUGAAUGAAGACCCCAUUUGGAAAAUCACCAGGUCAGCGGUCCAGAGCUGAUGCAGGUCAUGCAGGAGUCUCUGCGAGCAUGAUGAAGAAAAGAACUUCCCACAAAAAGCAUAGAAACAAUGUUGGACCAAGCAAACCUAUUUCUCAGCCACGAAGAAACAUUGUUGGCUGCAGAAUACAGCAUGGCUGGAAAGAAGGGAGUGGACCUGUAACACAAUGGAAGGGCACAGUUCUUGAUCAAGUUCCUGUAAAUCCUUCUCUGUAUCUUAUAAAGUAUGAUGGAUUUGAUUGUGUGUAUGGACUGGAACUGCACAAAGAUGAAAGAGUUUCAGCACUUGAAGUCCUUCCAGACAGAGUUGCUUCAUCUCGAAUUAGCGAUGCCCAUCUGGCAGACACGAUGAUUGGCAAAGCCGUGGAACAUAUGUUUGAGACAGAGGAUGGCUCAAAAGAUGAAUGGAGGGGGAUGGUUUUGGCUCGAGCUCCUAUUAUGAACACAUGGUUUUAUAUUACCUAUGAGAAAGAUCCUGUCUUGUACAUGUACCAACUCUUAGAUGACUAUAAAGAAGGUGACCUUCGCAUUAUGCCUGAUUCCAAUGAUUCGCCUCCUGCAGAACGGGAGCCAGGUGAAGUUGUGGACAGCCUGGUAGGCAAACAAGUGGAAUAUGCCAAAGAAGAUGGCUCAAAACGGACUGGCAUGGUCAUUCAUCAAGUUGAAGCCAAACCAUCUGUCUAUUUCAUCAAGUUUGAUGAUGAUUUCCAUAUUUAUGUCUACGAUUUGGUGAAGACAUCCUAGACAUCAUCAUGAACUUCUGCCAAAUUUGUGGAACUAUUAAAUGUAAAAUUUGUAGACACAAAGACUUGACUGUUUUUCAGGUAAAUGAAAGCUUAAAUGUCCCUGCGAACCCACAAUCUCUGCCAGAAAAACUGUUUUGUUCUGAAAAAUACAAAUUUAUGUGAAUGUGACACAUUUUGCAUAAGAGAACUCCUUUUUCUUGAAAGAAGUUGGUAUAUUUGGGUGGGAGGGAGUUAAAAGCAAAGAACAGCUGCAAAUUCAAGCUGUGUGAAGUGAAUCUAGUAUUGUAAUCUAGAUUUUUUUUCAUAGAAUUUAACUUUUAUUUCAGCCUUGCACUCACCUGUUCAACUGCCACAUGCAAGUGUAGUUUGCUAUUUUUUAUAUGCCUUCUUUUGUAACAUUAAUUUCUUGGCUACUGGCAGCCCUUGUUUUCUGGGUUGGGACAGAGGUGACUUCUGAAAGGUUUAAACAGUUUGUGCAGCAAUAAGGAGUGCCUAACCCAAGCAACAUCAGUCUACUAUGUUUCUACACUUUAUUUCAAAUUAAGCUUUUUAAGAACUUGCAGUACAUGGAAAUACUAUAAAAAUAUAUUUAAUUGGUAUAACCAGUUAAUUAGAAAAUGCAGGUUAAGGGCCUGUUAAGUUGUAGGAAUCAGUAAAAUACACACAACAAAGCUGCCUUUAAUCCUAAAUGUUGUACUCUUUUGUUAUACACAUUUCUUAGCAGAACCUAAGUGCUUCGUGCCACAUAUUUAACUUAAGACUUUAGACUAUGCAUUGGCAAUCAGUAGUCUCUCAUUUAAUAUCAGAACCUAGCAACCCAGAUGUUUGUGUGUGGACUUAGGAACCUACUAGUAGUUAAAUCUCUUACGCAGUAAAUACAAUCUUAUCGGGUUGGGGGGUCCUUUUACACCAAAAACCUCCUUUAGAGAAGGAGAAGCAUUUGUUGCCUUCUUCUCAGUCCGCUGUAUUCCUUUGGGUUGGGUUUUAUGCUAUUGUUUUUAACCAUUUUGGUUCAAGAAGGCAUCUUCUCAAUGUAUUCUUUUUCUGGCUUUUCCGUGUAAGGAGUGUCCAGACAAAUCUACAGUUUAAACCUGUUGUUGCCUUUUGUGGUAUCCUUGCUUUGAGGUAUGCUGUCAACAUUAAUUUCAUUCUAUGAACACUAGAGUUCUGCAUGCCAGUGGUGUACUAUCUAAUGGGAGCUAUAGACAGUCUCAGUGGUUCAGUCAUCUGAAUUAGAUUGUGGAUAUAAAUAGCAGCCCACAACAGCAGAAUCCUUUCACCGUUUUAAUCUUGCAAGAUAGCUGUAAAUCAGUGUUAGAGUAUUUGUUGUUUUUUAAGUGUAGCAACUUUUAAAAGCAUCAGAAUUGUAACAAGGAUCAGCACAGCAGCAAAAUUGUCAUGUUAAAGCAGAGCUCUGCAAGCUUCAAAGCAUUGCUUCACAGAAAUACAGUAUGUGAAGAAUGUGAAUACAGUCAACAUUUGAUGGGAAUAAGUAAUACACAGAUUUCCAACCUUAUGCUGUUAGUGGAAGGAUGCAGGAGAGAUACUGUUAGUCAGAGAUCAAAGAUCUGACCUCUAUUGUGGGUAUUCUUGAUAUCAAAGACUCAGUGGUUUAAGACCCUUUCUGUCCAUUUUUCUUGUCCUGAUUUCAUAUUUUAGCCUUAAGGCUUGUGCCUCAUUAUGUUAUUAAAUGGUAAUAAUGUAUAAAUAUAUCUUAAUUCUUUGUCCCUUGCUACUAUAUUGCAUUAUGUCCUGUAUUUCAUCAUGGGCAACCAAAGUCUUCAGUUCACAGCUUCUCAAUCCAGUCUUUAAGCACUAAGUACCUGAGUCAGUAAAUUUUUCAUUGUGUUUUGAACAAAGUGAGCAGAUUUGCAACUCAGUGCUUUCAUCCUGCAGAUCUGUUAUGUGCUUUCUAUUGACUCUUAAGAGUCCUGCAAGUAAAUCUCAAAGCUGAGCCUGGCUCCAUGAGCCCAAGUUGAUAUUUGUGGCACAAGAAUUAGUAUAUUGAUUACACACAAAAUACAUUCAUAACUUAGUACAAUGAAUUUUGGGCUUUACAUCUAAAGAAUACAAGGUCUGUUUUUAAAUGAUUGAGGUUUGUUUAGGUUGACUGGAACAUUUUUAGCAUUAGACUUUCAUUUGUGAGUUUUAUGCAAGCCACUCUAAUACACCACAUAUUUUGCUAAUUAGAAUAUAAUCUAUAUAUUGUCAAAUUUUAUUAUUGUUUUUAGGUGUUCCCGAUAUCCGUUGCAUGUUUUUCUUCUGUUCAUCUUUUCUCUUAAGGUUGGGGAGUGUGUUUUGGGUUUUGUGGUUGUUUCUAUUAAUAGCUUAAUCCAUCUUUUUGAGACUAAUUCCACUCCCUGCGAUCUGCUUUGUUUUAGGCUCAUGUUUCAUAUCUGCAUACAGUGCUUGCAUUACCCUAGUAACUACAUGUUGAUCCCUUGUUCGAGGGGUUUAACAUUACUUUCCAAAUUUAUCAUAGGGCUUGUGAUAGCACAAGCCAUAAAUCUUUGUAUAAAAGUUAUUGACCUUUCUCAUUUACCUGCUGUAGUAUUGUUGUAUAUUGUGUGUGUGCAUGAUGUCAGGCUGCCAUGUAAAACUUUUCAAAAGGAAAAAAAAAAACUUAAAUGCAGACCAUCCUUUUUUGCAUGCUUAGAAGGUUAGAAUGUUCAAUAUAACAGACUAAAGUUGCAUGUUAUAAUGUUUAGGUUUGGGUUUUGUUCUUUUAUUUUGUGUUCAGUUUUUUGUGAAUUUGCUUAUUGUGCUGUUUGAAUGGUUGUUAGUAGGAUUAAAUGCACUAGUGAGGUGAACAUAGUGCCAAUGGAAGGUAAUUUUCCAGUUGUAUGUGUCAUACAGCAUUUGAAGGGACCAUGUAUUCUGUUCAAGAAUAAAUAAAAUCACCAUUAAUAAAUAAAACACUACAUUUUUUUUCUUUUGAGUGCCAAACCUUAAACUAAGUUGGACUACAUAAAGACUGAAAUACUUUGGGGAAAAUCCUAUUUAUUACAAUUCGUAUAAGCCUUCUUUAAAUGAAUUAUUUCAAAAUGGAGGCUUUAUAUUCAGAUAGAAUAGAUUACAGUUGCUUCAGGGAAGAAGAAUUACGGUAAACGCAGUUUCUGGUUCCUUGAAAAUGUUGUGCUUUUUUGUAUUUUACAUCAUUAGUACAAUUUGGAUGGUUCUUGGUAUGUGUAUAGUUCAAAGGUCUUUGUGUUCACAUUUUAAAAUUAGGUAAUGAGUUCAUCUUUAGAGUUCAGUUUCAUUAUUUUUAUUUUAUUUCUCUGCAUUUAGAAGUAUGAACACUAAAUAUGUUACUUAAUUCUGUAAGUAAUUUUUAUAAUUAUGAUGUAACUCUAUCUUUAAAACAUUUAAAAUAAAUCCUUUAUGUGCAA